AUGAAUUUAUUAUUUCUUUUAUUAUUAACAAUCAUUCCUCAAGCAUUCAGUUUGAACGCAUUGUUUCUUAGCUUUGGUGCAGCUGGUCAUUCUAUUCCAAUGUUUGAAUUAGUGAAAGCAAUGAAGAAUCAUAAUGUAACUUUUAUUACGGAAGUAUUAGCACAAUCGUAUAUUAAUACUGAAAUGUAUUCGAAUAGAUCUUCAUUUCAAUUGAUCUUUACAAAUGAUUCAACCGAUGCAAUUAUGGAAGAAAACAAAAUACAACAAGAUAUUAUUGAAUAUUUUAUGAAUCAUUCAUUAUUUGAUAGUCUAUUUUAUAUGAUACCAACAGUUAGCCGAACUACAAAUGUAUUUAUGCAUAAAGCAGUGCAUGUAUUAAUGUCUGACCAAAAUCUGCUAUUUACGCAAUCGAACUGUUUGAAUUUAAUUGGUAUACCACCAACACUCUAUCCACCAUCGUAUUCACAUCAUCUUACGAAAUAUCUUGGUGGAUUUAUAGAUGAAUCAUCGAUCGAUCAUGUUGAUAAUGAUCUUACAAGGUGGAUUAAAUUCAAACCAAUGAAUUCGAUUCUCUAUGUAGCUUUUGGUAGUACGGGUAUUAUUAGACUCGAUAGAAUGAAGAAUUUGAUUCAUGGUUUGGUCGAAUUUCUAUUACAAACAGAUUCGGCUUGUGUCAUAUUGGCGUUUCGUGGUAGAAAUUAUAAUAAUUAUCAAAUUGUAUUCACUGAGAUACAAAAUGUUGAAUAUCGACGAAUUUUGGUGGAUGAUCAACGAAUUAAAAUUGAACAUCAAUUUGUUCAACAAAAAUGA